CCGAAAUAAAAACGUUUCAACAAAUUUAUACAUCACAGGAAGAUGUUAAGCAGUGAUAUUUCAGCUAAAACAAUCAUUAUACUUAAAGACCACAACGGGAGCUUUUUGGUUAGUAAAAAAGACGAGACCAGUAGUUUCCCCCAAAGUGAGUCAAGCAGUUUAUCUGACCAGCUACGCACCAAGAACAAGGAGUUCCUGUGAUUAAAUGCACAUUAGCAUACAUUAAAAUUAGAAUCUACUAGAUAGUCUGACGUUUUCAACAUUUAGAAAAUAGAUAAUGCUGCGGGAACAGCAAGUACGCCAAAGAGCUAUAAGUUUGUUAGGAAAUUAAGAGAUAAUCCUACAUUAGAAACAAUACAACGAGUUAUUGGAAUACAGCUGAAUGCAACUUGUGUGAAGAGAAAAGCACUAAUAGAAACUGGUUUAAUAAUUUACAAAGAAAAACUUUUCCUAAACCGCAUAUCAAAACUACAUAGAAAAGGACGAAGGAUAGCAGCUGCGACUACAAAAAAAGGGUGUGUAUACAUUGUUUAUAUAUCGAUCAUAAAAAUUUCCACGAGUGUCCAUUCGGGACACAAGGACAUCGGCAAAAUUAGCGAUACUACAAAAAAAUUGCAAAUUGGUGGAAAGCCUUUGACUAAGGAACCGGAAGACAAAAAGGAAACAGUAAAUAUGGCUGCAAUCAAUUCGAAGUCGACGAAAUUAGGAGGAAAAUUUAAUUUGACUUCCCAUGUGAAGUAUGAGCAUUUAGUGGCAGGAAUUUCGGGUGGCGUUACAUCGACACUAAUCUUGCAUCCAUUAGAUUUGAUAAAAAUUCGAUUUGCUGUAAACGAUGGACGCACAACUACAGUGCCACAAUAUAGCAGUCUGAGCAGCGCAUUCUCGACUAUUUUCCGACAGGAAGGUUUUCGUGGACUCUACAAAGGUGUUACACCCAAUAUCUGGGGCUCAGGUUCCGCUUGGGGGUUCUAUUUCAUGUUCUACAACACAAUAAAGACCUUCAUACAGGGCGGCAAUACGACCCAGCCAUUGGGACCGACAUUGCACAUGUUGGCCGCGGCUGAGUCUGGUGUGCUCACUCUGAUACUUACAAACCCCAUUUGGGUGGUAAAGACGCGUUUGUGUUUACAAUAUGGCGCCGAGGCUUCAGGCAAUAAGGCGUCGGAAUAUCGCGGUAUGGUGCAUGCGCUGGCGCAGAUCUACCGUAAGGAGGGCAUUCGUGGUUUGUAUAGGGGCUUCAUUCCCGGCAUGUUUGGCGUGUCACAUGGAGCUUUGCAGUUUAUGACCUAUGAAGAGAUGAAGAACUACUAUAAUACAUAUCGUAAAUUGCCGAUCGACACCAAAUUGGCCACAACUGAGUAUUUGGCAUUUGCUGCCAUAUCGAAGCUCAUCGCUGCUGCAGCAACAUAUCCCUAUCAGGUGAUACGUGCACGCCUGCAGGAUCAUCAUCUCAACUAUACAGGUUCAUGGGAUUGCAUUAAGCAAACAUGGAGAUAUGAGGGCCCGAAAGGCUUUUACAAAGGUAUACAGCCCAAUUUGACGCGCGUGGUGCCAGCAACGAUGAUCACAUUCCUUAUGUACGAAAAUGUUUCGCAUUAUUUAAUGGAAAGAUCCAAGAAAGCCAACGCAUGAGAGCACUACUGCGACGAAGAAGAAAAUAGAACAACAGCAGC